CUCCGUGUGUCCGGACCCCUCGCGCCAAAGAGAGCUGGCGCUGGUUGUUCCAAUGUUCGCUGAUUGCGCCAUGUCUCUUACUCCGUCCAUGCCGCAACAUUUCUGAUCCUGUUAUACUAAUACAAUAGGAUUUAUCUCUCCAGGCAUCAGUAGACAGAGACCAACCAAAUCAAACUACAACUGCCAUAAUGCAGCACGUGGAUAUGUCGCUGCGGCACCAGGUUUUGGAAAGAGGGAGACUUCGGGGUGACAGCGGCUGCCGGCGACCCAGCACAAAGCCUGUCCCAGUUCAGAUUCUUUUGUUUCUUUAACAAACUUGUGCUUUAGCAUUAAAUUCGGAUCCGAUUUCCACUCAGUAUGGGAGAUGACGCCGAGGAAGGGAGCUGCACUGUAAAACACGAAUUGACACAUGCAAACCUCACUGGACACAGAGAAAAAGUUGGAUUGGAAAACUUUGAGCUACUGAAGGUUCUGGGAGCAGGAGCAUAUGGGAAAGUUUUCCUGGUCAGAAAAAUUAGCGGCCAUGAUACAAACAAGCUCUAUGCAAUGAAGGUCCUCAAGAAGGCUGCAAUUGUACAAAAAGCAAAAACCACUGAACACAUCAAAACAGAACGGCAGGUGUUAGAACACAUUCGUCAGUCUCCUUUUCUGGUCACAUUGCACUAUGCUUUCCAGACAGAUACAAAGCUUCACCUUAUUCUAGACUAUGUGAAUGGUGGUGAAUUGUUUACACAUCUUUACCAAAGAGAGCACUUUACAGAAAACGAGGUUCAAAUUUACACCGGAGAGAUUGUAUUAGCUCUGGAGCACCUCCAUAAGCUUGGAAUCAUAUAUCGAGAUAUCAAACUCGAAAACAUUUUAUUGGAUGGUGAUGGUCAUAUUGUUUUAACAGACUUUGGACUCAGCAAGGAAUUUGUCAUUGAUAAGAAUGAAAAGGCAUAUUCAUUCUGUGGCACCAUUGAAUACAUGGCACCGGAGAUCAUUCAAGGAGGAAGUUGCGGACAUGACAAGGCUGUUGAUUGGUGGAGUCUGGGAGUCCUUGUGUAUGAACUGUUAACUGGAGCAUCUCCUUUCACUGUGGAUGGUGCAAAAAAUUCUCAAUCGGAAAUCUCAAGGCGAAUCUUAAAAAAUGAUCCAGCAUUCUCUGUAGAGAUUGGGCCCACUGCCAAGGAUUUAAUACAGAAACUUCUGAUGAAAGAUCCCAAACAAAGGCUUGGUUCAGGGCCAACAGGAGCUGAAGAGAUAAAAUCACAUGCUUUUUUCCAGGGAUUAAACUGGACUGAUUUAGCAAACAAGAAAAUUAAGCCUCCAAUCAAACCAGUCAUUGAAAAUGAACUUGAUGUUAGCAAUUUUGCAGAGGAGUUUACAAAAAUGGAUCCAGCCUAUUCUCCUGCUGCCAUUCCUCAACAUACUGAUCUCUUUAAGGGUUACUCAUUUGUGGCACCUUCAAUACUCUUCAAUUGGAACGUUGUAAUGGAUAAUACAUGCAUCGAUGAUCUACAGAUGAGUACAGAAAGGCCAGGCGACAAUACAGUUGCAUGCAGUGCUAUGAUGAAGGAUUCUAUGUUUUACCAAAACUAUGAAAUAAAUUUGAAAGAAAAACCACUUGGUGAAGGAAGCUUCUCUGUUUGUAGGAAAUGCCGGCAUAAGAGGACUGGACAGGAAUACUGUGUGAAAAUCAUCAGUAGACGAAUGGAACUCUGCACACAAAGAGAGAUUGCAGCACUGAAGCACUUGGGGGCUCAUCCCAACAUUGUUAAGUUGUAUGAAGUUUACCAUGACCAGUUGCACACAUACUUGGUAACGGAGUUAUUAAGAGGAGGUGAGCUAUUGGAAUGCAUUAAAAAGGGGAAGCACUUUAGUGAAUCUGAAGCCAGCAAAAUAAUGAGCAUGCUUGUGUCUGCAGUUCGUUUUAUGCAUCAUUGUGGAAUUGUGCACAGAGAUUUAAAACCAGAGAAUAUUUUAUUUGCUGAUAAGAGUGUUGACUCACCGAUCAAGAUUGUAGAUUUUGGGUUUGCAAAAGUUAAGCCUUGCGAUAACCAGCCGCUGAGGACACCGUGCUUCACUUUACAAUAUGCAGCUCCUGAGGUUCUCAAGCAAAAUGGAUAUGAUGAGUCUUGCGACCUGUGGAGCCUAGGAGUAAUACUUUAUACAAUGUUAUCGGGACAGAUUCCAUUUCUAAGUAAACAGAGUGCAGCAACAUUGAGUACUGAUGAAAUCACACGGCAAUUUACGCUCACAGGAGAAACCUGGAACAGUGUCUCACAAGAAGCUAAGGAACUCAUACAAGGUUUACUUACUGAAGAUCCAGGCUCUCGUCUGAAAUUUAGUAGUUCCAGUUUCAAUAAUUGGUUUCAAAAAAGCUCCUGCUGGUCCACCAAUCCAUUGUCAUCUCCAGUUAUUCUUGAUUGCUCUUCCAACAGCUGUUUCAAGGCCUUUAAUAAGUGCAAGAGGGAAGGUUUUUUCCUUCAAAGUGUUGAAAAUGCUCAUUUGGCAAAAAGGCGAAAGAUGAAGAAAAGUAGUGCAAGUACAGAGACUUGGAGUAGUUCUAGCGAAAGUUCCAUUUCUUCACCAUCCCAGUCUCUUGGAAGAGCAUCUCCUACAUGCAUUGUUCAAAUUCCUUUAUCAGCAAAAAAGUCAGAGUGUUUCUUCCAGUUUUCCGAAGAAUUAAAUAGCAGCUUCAAAAAUGCUUCUCUCUAGCUAAUGCAAUAAUAUUCCACCCUGUCUCCUGUACUGACCAUACCUCUUCCCACCCUGUCUCCUGUACUGACCAUACCUCUUCCCACCCUGUCUCCUGUACUGACCAUACCUCUUCCCACCCUGUCUCCUGUACUGACCAUACCUCUUCCCACCCUGUCUCCUGUACUUGACCAUACCUCUUCCCACCCUGUCUCCUGUACUGACCAUACCUCUUCCCACCCUGUCUCCUGUACUUGACCAUACCUCUUCCCACCCUGUCUCCUGUACUGACCAUACCUCUUCCCACCCUGUCUCCUGUACUGACCAUACCUCUUCCCACCCUGUCUCCUGUAAAAUUGCUAUUCCCUUUUCUCUGUUCCUUUGGCUCCACCACAUAUGUUCACAGGAUAUGGUUUCCUUCCCAGGACAUCAGAGAUGUCCUCCUUCUUUAAAGAAGGGGUUUCCCUUCCUCCACCAUUGAUGCUGCCCUCACCCGCAUAUCCUCCAUUUCCCGAACACCUGAGCUCACCCCAUCUUUCCGCCGACUUAACAGUGAUAGAGUUCCUCUUGUCCUGACCUACCACCAAUGAGCCUCUGCAUCUAACACAUCAGUCUCUGCAACUUCUGCCAUCUCCAAAGGGAUCCUACUACCAAACAUAUCUUUACCAUGCCCCCUCUACCCUUUCCACACGAGUUGCUCUCUCCAUGAUUCGCUUGUCCAUUUGCCCGUCCGCACUAAUCUUUCUCCUGGCACUUAACCCUGCAAGCAGCUGAAGUGCUACACCUGCCCUUUCACCUCCUCUCUCAUCUCCAUUCAAGGACCCAGACAGUCCUUCCAGGUGAGGUAGUACUUCACCCGUGAAGCUGCUGGAACUGUCUAUUGUGUCUAGUGCUCCUAAUACGGCCUCCACUACAUUGGUGAGACCCACUGUAAAUUGGGAGACCGCUUCAUCGAACAACUCCACUCCAUGUGCCAAAAGCGGAUUUUCCUGGUGGUCAAACAUUUUAAUUUCCAUUCCCGUUCCUAUUUUGGCAUAUCAGCCCAUGGUCUCCUCUUGUGAUACCAUUGCAGCCACCUCAGGGUGGAGGAGUAACACCUCGUAUUUGUCUGGGUAACUUCUAACCUGGUGGCGUGAAUAUCAAUCUCUCCUUCCAGUAAAAAAUUCCCUCUCCCUCUCCUCUUCUUCCAUUCCCCACCUAAGCUUCUUACCUCUUCUGGCCUGCCUGUGACCUCCCCCUGUGUUCCCUCCCCUUUCUCCUAUGGUCCACUCUCCUCUCCUCUCCUAUCCUAUCAGAUUUCUUUCUCUUCAACCCUUUACUUUUCCUCCCUAUCAUCCUCUAGUUAUCCUCCUUCCCUCCACACCCUUCCUUUCCAGUCCUGAUGAAGUGUUUCAGUCCAAAACGUCGACUGUUUAUUCAUUUCCAUAGAUGCUGUCUGAACUGCUGAGUUCCUCCAGCAUUUUGUGUGUGUUGCUUCAAUUAUUCUUUCCCCUUUUCAAGACUGACUGACUAUUAUAUCCUUUGCUGGUGUGAUCCUGAACUGUAGAGUUUCCUCUGCUCUUCCCAUCCCUCCCUCUCUCUCAAUGCUUGCACCUUGUGAUAUUUUUCUGCAUCAGAAGGAAUGAAUUGCUGCAAUCUGUUGACUGUAUGUAGCCUUUUUAAAUUACUUUUAUUAAGAGAUUAAGAACUUUAUUGAAGAUUUGAUUCACAAACUUGUUUUGAGAACAUGAUAAAACUUUCUGGUAUGGUAUCUCAUUUUCACUGAUAAUAGUGCUACUUUAUCACUUUAAAAAGAACAACUUUAAGCAUGCAAAUAUGAAUGAACACAAACUGCUCUUUGUCUCAAUAAGUGCUUAAUGGUGAAAAAGAUGGAUUGUCUAUUGUGUUUCAAUUGUGAAGCUUUAUCUUUACCCUUGUAUCUGUGUGAUGCCUCAUUUGCAUGGAUACAAUGUCAAUCUUUCAGUUUUCCCUGAGAAGGAAAAUUUGAUAUCUGACCUAGAGAAAGAAAUAGUCAUUAAAUAGGAAUUUUCCUUGCACAUUAUGACACUGUGAAUUUAUGAAAGAGAGUGGGAAAGUUAAUUUAACAGGUGGGUGCUGAGAAAUAAGGAGGAGAGGGUUGAAAACCCAGACAUGUUAAAACAUUACAGACCCAUCAUAGAAAAAUGCAUCACAGAAAAAUAUACCAUGAUUGAGAAAUAUAUCUGUCAAUUGCAAUCUUAUGGGAGAGCUCAAGAGUUCAAUAUGACAUUGUUGAAUGAUAAAUCAAGCUGGAAGGUUGUCUGGCCAGUCUUUUCUAUUUCCUAAUUGUUUAUCAUAUCAGAAAACACAGGUUGGAUCUGCAGCUGAAGCAUGAGAAAAACAUUGUGUGUUGAGUCAGUUAUUUUGGAUUUAGGAAAAUAGGAUACAGGUUGAUGCUGAUGCGAAGUGGGAGCUGGGCAUUCAUUGCAAAACUGGUUUCACAAAUUUGGCUGAGAAUGCAACUAUUUUGGAAAGAUCUACGGAAUAAUAUGGAUAGCCUAAGCAGUUAAUAUUUUUUUCGUAAAGUAAUAAUGCUGGUAAUUUGACUUGAUGGUGCUUGCACAAUUGAGAUUAACUAAAAAAAAUGCUGUGAAAAUAUUAAACUAAAAAAAUUUAAGGCAAUUCAUAUGGAAGCAUUCAUAAAAAGUAGGUUGCUUUUUAUAGCCUCCUAAAAGCCAAAAAUUGGAAUCAUGCUCUUAAGCCCAAGGGAACAUAGCUGUUUUCAGGCAGAGUAAGAAAGCUGAAAAAUGAUCAGAACUUUGAGCAAAACAUUCUGCACAAAUUUGCAACAGAAGGUGGAUGACGUUAUGAAAAAGCUGACAGAUUUUCUGUUUUUCCAUCUUAAUAUCCUUAGAAUAUAAAUUGUAUUUUCAAGACUUUUCACGUCAUGAUUCAGGCAACUAUGUAGCUGAUGAAGGAAUUGACUAAUCUUUGUUUCAGUAUUAUCACUGUUCUGCAUACAAUGGUACUUGAUUCAAAGAUUGUAGUUUAAUGCAAAAAAAAUGUUGUUCCUCAGAUUUUCAUUUUCCAGUGUCAUGUUGUACUAUUUAUUUUGUUAGUAGUUUGAGUGAUUAUUUGACCCAGUUACAUCUGUUUCCUUACUCAUGUCUAAUGCUUAAAAGUGUAAUGCCACACUGCCAUUUAUGUAACCUUUGACCCCUGGCUAUAUCUUUCCUCUGCAAUCCAUCUUUGGCUCCUCUCCUUUGUCUUCUAUCUCACCUCCAAUAGCAUUGGACAUUUUUUGCCACAAAUAUUGACAUCUUUUGAUCAGUUGCCUCCAUUCAAUAGGCAAAAAUUAUUUUAAGCUUACCUUUCUCACGUUUUUCUUCCAUAUCUGAGCAUGGGCUCUCUGAUCUUGCCUCGUCCACAGAACCCUUGAAACUUUUUCCGCUAAACAUUCAUUAGCUGAGAUUGUUCAUAGUUCUCUUCUCAGGUACUUUCACCCUCUACCCAAAAACUGCCAUCCUUCUCUCUCUCCUCCUUAAGUCUGACCUUUCACCCUUAUCAUUGCCAAUUGCCUCCCAAAUCUGACUUACCUUUUUUCCCUCUGGUCCUAAGUUGUACUGUCAUCACUGUUUCACUUUCCCAGUAUUUCACAGCCGAAUCCUUCAAGUCAGGCUUUGUGCUGUCACAGUGCCAUGACAUCUUAUAUUAACUUGGCUAUCUCUGCAUCUGUAUGUAGCUUGUCCAUACUAUCUUCCUAAGUCAUCAUCCCAUCAUUAUGUAACAGGGUGGAUUCCUCAAGUAUGUUUUCUACCUUGUCUAUUCGACUAUAGCUAGAGAGUCAUUUGCAAAGUCUCUCUUCCCAUUUCCACACAGUUACCCAUAAAGAUCACAAAUCUGCUUGAUCACUAAAACAACCUCCUUCAUCACAUCUUCUAACUUGGUCCCUUCUUCAGUUCAACUAAAUCUUCACUGAUACCAUUAUUACUCUUGAAUACUUUAGCUGCUGGUGUCCCAGCCCACACUAAGCCCAUCAUCAUCCCUGUGCUUCUUAACCUCCACUAGUUCAUGGGCAAACAACAGAUUAAUUUCAAAAUUCUAAUUCUAGCUUUCAAGUCUCUUGUUAACACUGCAACCUGCAUUUCUAAACCAUUCCAAGACAUUUGCCCUUAUGCAAUUCUUGAUUUUUCCUGAAUAUAUUAGCUCCACCCUCAGUAAUCUUGGCUUCAACUUGAAUUGGCUUCAGCUUUUUAUUUGCCUUCCUAAACUUCUGCUUCUUUCCAUCUUUCAACUUUUCUCCCACAAGAAGCCUUAACAAUUUCAUUGAACUUUGGUCAUCAGUUCCAAUGUGUCCAAUUUCCUAAUGUGGCUGAGCUUCAUUUAUUAUUUGAUAAUAUUCAUGAACAACACUUAGGGAUCUUUCAUUAUGUUAAAGGCACUGUAUAAUGAUGUUGUGUUGAAAGAGCUAAUGCUAUAGGCAUGCGCUUGACACAAAUGUUUAAUUGUGUAAAUAGUGGAAUUUUAUAUAUUCAAGGCAAGCAGGUUUUCAGUAUAAAAUAUCAAAAUAAAGCAAUAGGGUAUUUUUAAUAUUAACUGUUAUAUAUUGUAUUUCAAAUACUUCAUUGUGUAAUAAAUAUUUUCCUGAAUUAGAGUGGGAACUGUUUUCAUUACCCUGAAUGUGUACAUUAUGUGAACAUUGUCAGUUUUUUUUAUAUAUCAGAAAUGAGAAAACUAUUUACAUCCAUAUCUUUGUUGGUUGUUAAAUGUAAUUUGAGAUUAUUCUAAUAAAUAAAUCUAGCUGGUCUAGGAAAAGAAGUCUUCACCGUUAAUUACGUUUAUAUUCUAUGCGCUUGUUACUGUUAAUUAUAUUGUUGCUUUGAAUAAACGAAUAUGAUGCCAUUUUUCCAAUGGUAUUUCUGAUGAUACUUAUAAUAGAUUUUGAUAUUCAAAGUAUUUAAUGUGUUUAAUUUCUCUUUACCUAGCAGAAACUGAUUUAUAAAUUAAUUUAGUUGUAUGUCCUGCAAUGUACAGGAAACACAGGUAUUUGAAGCAACAGAUUCCUUUACACAAU